AUGGAUCCCUUGCAGCAAUAUCUAGAUAGUCUCCAUCACACAAAGGACGACCAGGAGUUGGACUCAUGGCUAAACGCAGAUUUCAGUCAAGGUAGCCCCGAUAUGCAACGACAGGAAUCGAUAUCUACUCCUCCUGCCUUGGAAAUGUUCUCACACUCUCCAUUGUUUCCAUCCAUGCCGUCUCCCGAUGACUCCACCUUGGCCAAUACUAUGCCUUCUCUUCAGCAUCCAGCUCCCACCGUGGCUGAUCAACUAGCUCUAGCUACCCUGAUAUCAAACCCUUCCAUUGCAAACUUAUUGGCUACCAUCUCGGCUCCCCGAUACAGCAACCAUCACAUCGAUAAUAGUGACCACGACAACACUGGCUCUCCAUCAUCAUCAUCCAACGGUACUCCAUCAACCAAAGUAUUCAAGAGCUUUGAAGAAAAGACUCCCGAUGAACAGGAAAAGAGGCGAAGGAAUACUCUGGCUUCUGCUAGAUUCCGUCAAAAGAAAAAGUUGAAGGAACAGGCCUUGGAACGUACUGCAAAGGAUAUGACUCAGAGGGCUGAGAUGAUGGAACAAAAAAUCAAGGAAUAUGAAAUGGAAAUCAAAUGGUUGAGAAGUGUCGUCACAGAGCGUGAUGGUGCCAAAAAACUUAAUGAUUUAUAUACUGAAAGUGGUCUCGUCUUCCAACCCCACAUAUUGGCUGCUGGGGCCGAAGGAGUCCAAACUCCCAUAACACAAUCCACCAUUCCAUUCUUACAGGGUCUAGCUCAACUAUCCGCCAUCCAACAACAGCAAUUGAUGCAACAAACAUUUAUAGCAGCUGCCCCUGAAGACGGUAGUCGAUCUGCUAAGAGGGCCAAGACUUCUUCUGGAAGCGUUGCUUGGAAGGCUUAA